UAUAAACUGGCGCUCCCAACAAUUUAGUAGUACUUUCAUGGCGGAAAGUCUAGUAAGGGUUUCCCUCCAGACGUAACACCAGAAUAACGAAUUUAAGCGGUCACCGUCCUUUCCUCGAGAGAUUGUAUACAAGCUUAAGCAUUUCCCUUCUGUAAAAUGGCAUUAAAUAGACAGGCAAGGAAAGUUUUUGGGCUACUUCAAAGAAGAUGUGUAAGACAGAUCCAUUUUAAGAGUCAAACUUCCUUUAAAGGGAUAUCAGCUCUUGGGGUGUGGAAUGAGAGACUUGGAUUUGGUAUAGACAAUGAAGGACAGGUUUUUCUUGUGGCACAAGCUUCUCAGCGAAGUGCUGAUGGGUUUGAUUACAACAAGCUUUAUGGCCCUCCAGCUGCCCCAGAGCAAACCAUUCGAACAUCGGCAGUGAAAAAAGCAUUUAUUGACAAAGACCUCUGGAACCAGGGUCCUAGAAUAACAGGAAAUGCCCCCUGGGCUAGACCUCAGCUCCCUCGACGUGGUGGCUGUUCAGCAGGUUUCUCAUCCCUUGCUGGGGAUGGCCAAAGCAGUGGAUCAUUUUUCCCAGACUCAAUGGACCCUUCCCUUGUGAUAUUUGACAAAGAUGGUACUCUGAUAGAUUUGAAUAAUGUGUGGAUUCCUUGGAUGGAGAGUCAUGUGCAGGAACUGGAAGAGGCAACUGGUCUUGAUCUGGCUGAUAAAAUGUAUGAAGAAGUGGGUUAUUGUCCUAAGAAGCGCAUCUACUCUGAUGGAGGCUUGCUAGCCCAUGCGACUGUUGCUGAAAUCAGACAAGCAUUUGUCACAGUGUUAAUUAAGAGUGGUUUAGAUAGAGCAAAAGCACAGAAGCUGGUUAGCAACUGCUGUAAAGAUUUUGACAGUGGUGGGCAUGAUACCCUGGAGCCUCUGGGUGACCUCCCAGCAAUUUUUGAAACUCUGAGGGCAAAGGGUGUUAAGACUGCAGUCUGUACAACUGACAGUCGAGAAGGCACUCUGUCAGCUCUUGACAGGUUAGGCCUCAUGAGCAUGAUUGACAAAAUUGUUUGUGGGGAUGAUACAGACAUCAAACCAAAACCCAAUCCUGAAACUGCCUUGGGCAUUUGUGAAGAGUUAAAUGUUUGUCCAACUCAAACUGUUAUUGUUGGUGACACUAUUGCCGACACCUCAAUGGGUCGUUCUGCUGGGCUGGGUCUAACAAUAGGUGUUCUUAGUGGGGCUGGCAACCAGAAAUUUCUAGAAAAGGAGGCUGACAUUGUUUUAAACAAUGUGGAUGAGCUUCUAAAUACCUUAUAUCCAUCAGACUCGUCAUCUUCAUCAUCCUCUUAAUCUCA